AUGAAGUCUGCCACUCUACUCUCCCUCAUUCCUGCGGUCGCCGCCUUUUGCCACCAUGGAACCAGCCUUUUCAAGAAGGAUCAGCUUUUCAAAAGAGCAGAUGGUACUUUCGGAUUCGAUGGUCUGAAUGGCCCCCUCAACUGGCACUCCAUCAGCUCCAACAACUCUGCCUGUGCUCUGGGAAGAAGCCAGUCUCCCAUCAACGUUCAACAGUCAAACACCAAGCAGAUCAAAGGCUCUACCAUCACCUUCAGCCCGGACCAGCACCCCGAGGGAGGUGAACUCGAGAAUCUCUCUGGAUUCCUGGAGGUCCGCGCAAACGGCACCAUGAAGAAUGGCGGCAAGACCUUCAACUUGCGUCAAUUCCACUUCCACACCCCUAGUGAGCACCGUAUCAACGGCGAGCACUUCCCCCUCGAGGUUCACUUCGUUUGGGAAGCCGAGAUAGGAAACGGAUCCUCUCUCGCUGUCGUUGGCUUUCCUAUCGAGGUCGCCGAGAAGUCGGACCCCCUCCUGGCCGCCGUCUUCAAGAACGUUGACAAGGUCACCGAGUUCGGAUCACACGCUGCAACUGGACCUCUGGACUUUACCAGCCUGGCUCAGCAUAUCUCAAAGAACACCAUCUACCAAUACACAGGCUCUCUCACAACCCCUCCUUGCACCGAGUCCAUUGCGUGGAACGUUGUUGGAAGCCCAAUUCCCCUCGACAUUGCGACCUACCUGAAGACGAAGAGCAUCAUGAAGUACAACGCCCGCUAUACCCAGAACAGCCCCGGUGAAAUGAACUUGUUGGAGAAUGCAUAUGAGAGCCUCAAGAAGAUUAUCGAGAGUGGUCAAGAUCCCGUGGACGAAAGUCCGUGCAAGAAGGGCAAAAAGGGCGGGCGCAGGAAUUAG